AUGAAAGAUUUGAAGAAAACUGAUAUGGAAAAUUUUCUCUGUGUAUUUCUCAUUGCACUGUUCAUGUAUUUAUACAAUUGGAUUUGUUUUGAUCCUAGCACCAUGAAGCUUAAGAUGUGUAACCUCUUCAUGCCAGACUUGGUAGCUCUGAAAGAUCUUCCUAUUAAUGUCAUAUACCAGAUUCAGGAGCACAUGGAUAUUGAGGAUUUUGCAAGAAUGAGUGUCUUGUCUAUAAUGGAUUCGUCUGAGCAAUCAGUUUUUGAUGAAUGGAUUCUAUAUUUGUCAAGAAAUGGUCUCAUGGAUUUCACCCUUUUGAAUCUAGAAAAUGUCAAUGCUCCAUAUAAGUUGCAUUCCGCUGUUUCAGUAUGGAACUAUUUUGGAGGUUUCAUCAGGCUCAGAAGUCGUCAACUAAAUCGAGUCAUCUUUGAAUUAGACGUUGCAUCUUCUUUCAUCCGGUUUCCAAAUCUUGAGUUGCUGGUGUUUCUAGAGUGUAGUGGUAUUCAUCAUUUGAAUAUACAUGCCCCAGAACUUUCAAUCUUAAAAUUUGAACACACUGUCGUUGACACAAUUAAACUGGAUACUUUCAUGGACUGUCGUAAGCUGAAAGUUUUUGUAGUUUUUUUACACGAAGAAGUUUCACAAAAUAGACAACAUGAAGUGAUGAAAUGGAUAAAACUUUUGAGCAGGCUUGAAGUUAGAAGACUUAUUUCGGAAACACACUUCAUCAAGUUUCUGGCUUCUGCUAAUGUAGCAGGGAGGCUGUCAAUGAGGCUCAAUCUUCGCGUUCUCGGUCUUCAUGAUCUCGAUUUUAAUGAUGAAGAUCACAUAUGUUCCCUUCUAUGCAUUCUUAGAAGUUCUCCCAAUUUGAUGACACUUAGAUUUCUUUUGAAAGCUUCCAGGGAAGUAGAUGUAAAUCAUUUUGAAGGAAAACGUUGCAGUAGGAUCGAUGAACUGAAUAACCUUCGAGCUCUGGAAAUAUUUAACUUCCAUGGUUCAAGAGCGGAAUUGAUGUUUGUAAAGUUAGUGUUGGCGUCUGCUCCCUCCCUCCAGAAGGUCAUAGUUGAAGUAGACAAAGAAGUUAGUGAAAGCCAGACGAUUAAAAUUUAUGAGGAGUUAAAGCAAAUCUCUCGACAGGUGUUAAACCACAAAGUAAUAUUCCAAUGA